AAUAUCACGCAAAAGGAAAGCAGUGCUGCUGGAGUCUCUGAUUCUGCCUUCCGUUGGCUUCGCGAUUCAGGCUGAGCGAUCGAUCGGUGACUUCGUCGGGAGAAGGAAUAUUACCUAUCUUGGAUUCUUCAAGAACCUUCCACAAGGUGGCUUCUUCAACAUCAUUACUGAGCUUGGAUGUCUUAUCAUCUUCGUUAAGGACUAAUGCAACUGGUUUAAGUGAAAGUAUGACUUCACAAGAUCAUUUCAAAUCACUGAGUGCUCCAAUAAAUGGAGGUUUUUUAAAUGCCGUGGAAGUUCAAAUGGCUGGUGGAGCAGCAGGGGAAGAUAGAGUACAAGCUGUAUGUUCAGAAGAAAAUGGCUUCCUUUUCUGUGCUGUUUUUGAUGGUUUUAAUGGGCGGGAUGCAGCUGAUUUUCUAGCUGGAACUUUGUAUGAGAAUACUAUGGUAUAUCUAAACACAUUGGACUCAAGAAUUAAACAUAAAGAAAUUAAGAAUUUGGACUGUCUUUUCCCGAAUGAUUUUCCCCAACAUUUUGUAGAAGACGGCGUUCUUCAUAGAUAUCAAUCUCUACCAGUCAAUCAAUUCAACGACAAAAGAUUUGUUCAUGACCUAGAAGAUGAUCCCUCACGUGAUUUAUUCAGAUUUGGCAUAGUUGAUUGCCUUCAACAAGCCCUUGCGCAGGCUGAAAAUGAUUUCUUGCAUGUGGUUGAACGAGAAAUGGAUGAUCGUCCAGAUCUAGUUUCUAUUGGUUCUUGUGUUUUGGUUGUGCUUCUUCAUGGAUCAUACUUAUAUACACUCAGCCUUGGUGAUAGUCGCGCUAUAUUGGCUUCUUCUCAAGGAAAUGGUGUUAAUGAUUUGCAAGCAGUUCAGUUAAAUGAAUGCCACUCAGUUGAUAAUGAGAAAGAGUGUAUGAGACUUAUGUCUGAGCACCCAGAUGAUUCAAAGACAAUAAUAGGAAGAAAGGUUAAAGGAAAACUGAGAUUAACUCGUGCAUUUGGUGUAGGUUAUCUCAAAAUGAAAAAGAUGAAUGAUGCUUUAAUGGGUAUACUUAAAGUUCCAAAUCUGUCCAGUCCACCUUAUAUAUCAACAGAACCAUCAGUUGCAAACCACAAAGUUUCAGAAGGUGAUUGUUUUGUGAUAUUAGCUAGUGAUGGUUUGUUUGACUUCUUUAGUAAUGAUGAAGUUGUGAGGCUGGUAGCCUCUUAUGUGUUCGACAACCCAACUGGUGAUCCAGCCAAAUUCCUUGUGGAGCAGCUUGUUUCAAGAGCGGCCCAGAUUGCAGGAAUGAACCUCGAUCAAUUGCUGAACAUCCCUGCUGGCAUCAGGAGGAAGUAUCACGAUGAUGUUUCAGUCGUCAUUGUUCUCCUCGGGGCCCAUAACCAAACAUCAACUGCAUCAACAUGUCUAUGAAUGUUUUAGGUUCAUGCUAUCAGUAAAGUGAUUGUAAAUAGAAGCCAGAAUACUCUGCAUGUAUAUUUUCCAACUUCAGAGCAAAUCGUUAUUUCUAAGAUGUACGCAAAAUUCUAUUGUGCG